CGAUGAUGAUGCAGCCACCAGUUUUUAGUGCCCGCGCCUCGUUGCCAGACCAGCCAACAACGCGUCCUGGUAUCAGAGAUGAUAUUAUAAUAGUUCCUCUUUGGGCACCGACUUGCCUUCAAGAGCACAGCUAGCGGUGCCAGGAUCUUGUUCUAUCCCACUUCUGACUCUCGCCCGUGCCUUUACAUCUCCCUGUCCCGGCCUAUUCCUGCCCUCACUCGGUCUUCGAGAUGAUCUGAGCAUACAGCUUGGAUGCCAGUUGGAAUUUGGAAGCAUUGCGCACGAGUGAAAUCUAGUUAGUUCUAGCCUUGAAUAUUGGACAGUAACAGUUGUUGGGUGAGGGAGCAACAAGCUCUAGUUGUUUGUGGAUUGGUUGGUCGAUCGAUCAGCCUCGCGAAGACUUGUAGAGUCGCAAGGUGAAUUUAUUGCUGAGUAACGCAACAUAGAAAGUCAUCCCAGUUUGUGCGCAUGUUUGAGAAGUGAUUCAGAGUUCAAGGAUUGUCUAGAAUGUGUGGUCAAGCCGUGGCUAUUAUGGAUGGAUCUGUGAGUGCUAUCAUGCAAAGUCACCGUGGCAUCUCUCAUGCGUAUUAUCCUUCAGGGCAGAGAUAAUUGGCACCCAGAAGGCAUGGGGUAGAGUGGUGAGGGGACUAUAGAAUCUAUUAUUCUCUUUCAUUUAACCAGGAAAGGAAUGGGGGCUGUGGAUGAAGAAAUCUCCGCGAUGCUGCAGAGUGGCCAUCAUUCUUGCAUUGGGCAAGGGUCUCUCGCUGGGGUGAUGGCCCCUGCUGUGACGGCUGGACUCGAUCAUUUUCCUUACAAUUUGUACAAUCAAGGUGGUUACGUAGGUAACCAUUCUCGACCCGUUUCGCAGAUGCAGCGGUCUACAAGCAUGCCAGGGGGAGGAUUACGCGACGGGCCUACACAUGUUGGGUCCCCUCCCCAGCACAGAGGAUCUCCUCCGCAGAGUCGCCCUGCUUUCAAUAUGGAAGAUAAAUAUGUUUUGGAAUCCAGGAGUGAAGUGUUGGACGCAAGUAUUCUGCGCAAUGGCUCCAACUACGGCGUUGUCUACGAAAAUUCCGUACCAUCUUCGAUGACUUUGUCUAUGCCCGUGCUGCACCAUUACCAUUCAGCUCCUGCAAACUCGGUUUUGGCGGAUACGAAUGAGGAACAGAUUGGCAACACCGUCAUGUCUUCUAUGUUCACUGGCGAUGGACUCAAUUCUAUUACGGAGAACAUGGAUGUUGAACGUAUGGGCAGUGGAAACUCCAACCCGAACGAGUUCGAACAUUACCUGGCACCAGAGAACGAUUUCAGUGGCCAAGCUGCGUUUCCUUCUCUUCGAAAAGAAGUGGGGACUCCUGAUUCAUUCGGGUCAACCAGUAAAAGCUCCAAGAAUGGGUUAUUCAGUCAAACCAGCUUACCGUCGGCUGGCUUGUCGCAGCUGAACUCAGCGGUGCAAGAUAGGAUGGCUGAAAACGGUUCAGGCAAGAGCAGCUCUCGUGAUUCAGACGAUAACAACCACCUCAUCAACGGUUACACAGCAUUGAUAUACACUCAAGAAGAUUUUACCUGGAAGUCGCCUACAAGUCCAGCCAAGAGGCAACGGGGUCUAGACGGCGAUAGCGAAACAUCAAGUGGCUCAGCAGAGGGAUCAACCUACCGCAACUGCCAACACAGCGGCCUAGUUCGUCACAUGAGCCUGCCCUCAACAAACGGCGGUCCCAACAGCCCCGGCCUGGAGGAUAACCACUACGGCGCCGUCCCCAUGCGCACUCGUGCGAAGAGAGGCUGCGCCACGCAUCCCCGCAGCAUUGCAGAGCGCGUCCGCAGAACCAAGAUCAGCGAACGCAUGAAGCGGCUCCAGGACCUAGUGCCUAACAUGGACAAGCAGACUAACACCUCCGACAUGCUUGACGAGACCGUGGAAUACGUGAAAUCGCUCCAGCGAAAGGUGCAGGAGCUCAGCGAUACUGUGGCGCGGCUUAAGGCUGACGCCUCGCAGAGAGCAAAAAAUUCGAAUAAUAACAACUCAAGUAACUAGUUCGACGAUAUUCAGUCUAGUCUGGAUAGAUAGCCGUAGCUUACAAAGAUUUCACCACAACGAUUCGACGGUGUGAUUCACCGCGCUCGAAUCAAUCUCGGAGAAGUUCGAGUGUAACAUACUGCAGCAAGGAAGAUGACGUUGAAACCUGGACACGGGUUAAUCUAGGCAAAUUAAUACACCCACUAUCAGAGUGCGAAUUGAACGAUCACUUUUAUUUCA